CGUGAACGGUUUGGAGAAAGGUGAGACUACAGAGAGGAAGGAGAGACACUUGGGACGUUACUGCGACGGUCUAGACAAGAGGAGGACUGCAUGAGCACAUGUUGGGAGCACCCAGAAUCAAGACCUGCAGGCACCGAAAGACGCUUCUGCCAUCCCGCCCCCGCCCCCGCCAAGCUCAUCCCUUUUCCAGAUUUCGCAGUCGCAGGUUUCCCUGGCCCCGCCCAUCUUCCGAGGAAAGAGGGAAGCCACUUUUUGGCCCGACCCAACUCCCUGAAGGACGAGGUAACCACUAGGAACCCUGGCCCCGCCCAGCUCCCGGAAGGACGGGAGACCACUGGGAGCCAUGGCUCCGCCUAUCUUCGGAGGGGAGGGGGGGAACCAUUCCAGGCCCUGGCCCCGCCCAGCUCCCGGAGGGACUGGGGGGACCCCUCGGAGCCUUGGCCCCGCCGAGCUCCCGGAAGGACGCGGGACCACUCGGAACCAUGGCCCCGCCUAUCUUCGGAGGGGAGGGGGAACCACUCAGGGCCCUGGCCCCGCCCAGCUCCCGGAAGGGCGGGGGAUCCGAUCAGUCAGAUCCCGCGCUCUUCUCUUGUCCUUUCACCUCCCCUGUCCCUGCUGUUUUUCCGGUGACUCUCGCGAGUUUUGGGGCUCCCAGGCUGGGAGGCUGCAAUAUGGCGGAAGCCGAAGGGGAGAGCUUGGAGUCCUGGCUGAAUAAAGCCACCAAUCCUUCCAACCGCCAGGAGGACUGGGAGUAUAUCAUUGGCUUUUGUGAUCAGAUCAACAAGGAGCUUGAAGGGCCUCAGAUUGCUGUCCGGCUGCUGGCUCACAAAAUCCAGUCCCCUCAGGAAUGGGAGGCAGUCCAAGCCUUAACAGUGCUGGAAGCGUGUAUGAAGAACUGCGGGAGGAGGUUUCAUAAUGAAGUGGGGAAGUUCCGUUUUUUGAAUGAGUUAAUCAAAGUCGUCUCUCCCAAGUACUUAGGGGACAGGAUCUCAGAGAAGGUGAAAGCCAAAGUCAUUGAACUGCUGUACAGCUGGACAGUGGCCCUGCCAGAAGAGUCGAAAAUCAAGGAUGCUUACCAGAUGCUUAAGAGACAGGGGAUUGUGCAGUCUGACCCACUGAUUCCUAUGGACCGGACACUUAUCCCCUUCCCACCACCUCGUCCCAAGAAUCCUGUUUUUGAUGAUGAGGAGAAAUCCAAGCUCUUAGCCAAGCUGUUGAAAAGCAAAAAUCCAGAUGACCUCCAGGAGGCCAACAAGUUAAUCAAAUCCAUGGUGAAGGAGGAUGAAGCUAGGAUCCAGAAAGUGACAAAACGACUACAUACUUUAGAGGAAGUCAGCAACAAUGUAAAACUUCUUAAUGAGAUGCUGGUUCAUUAUAGUAAGGAGGAGUCAUCAGAGGCAGAUAAAGAACUCAUGAAGGAGUUGUAUGAUCAAUGUGAAACCAAGAGGAGAACAUUGUUUAAAUUGGCCAGUGAGACAGAAGACAAUGAUAGCAGCUUAGGAGACAUCCUGCAAGCCAGUGACAAUCUUUCACGGGUUAUCAACUCCUAUAAAAAAAUUAUUGAAGGACAGGUCAUUAAUGGUGAGGUGGCUUCCCUAGCCAUAUCUGCCCCGGAAGGAAGCAACCCCUCCAGUAAUGUCAACACUCUGAUUGAUCUUGCUGAAUUGGAUAUGUCUAGCAGCCCCCCCCUGGUGCCGGCCCCACAACCUGCCCCACCAUCCUCAGACAUCCCUAUCCUUCCACCCCCUCCACGAAGCUGCUCCUCUAGUCAGGCUGAAGCUUCCUCUACGGCCAGCGGUGUGACCAACUCUCUCUCCCUGUUGGAUGAAGAACUGUUAUGCUUAGGCCUCUCUGACCCGGCCCCUAAUGCUGCUCCAAAAGAGUCAACAGGGAACAGCCAGUGGCACCUGUAUCAGGGCAGCCCUUUCCUCCAGUCCUCUACACAGCCCUUGAACAGCUCCCCAGCCCCACUGCCUCCUCCCUUUACGGCUCCCGCUACCAAGGCCAGCGUCCCUGCCCCCAACACAGGCUCAUUCUUGUUCUCCAUGGGACUGGCCACGGCUACACCCCAAAAGGUGGGGCCACCAGCCCCUGGGUACCUCAGCUCAACUGUGGGUGAUAGUUCCCUGCACCAGUUGGAUGUUCUCAACCAGCUUCUGGAAGAGACCAAAGGGACAUCAGGCAUGGUGAAACCUGUCUCUUCUAGCUUUCUCCCUGGGGUCACCUCCUCGAUCAUCCCCAGCAAUGCUCCAGUGGGGCCACCUGGCUCCUUCCCUGCUGGGCCCGGUAGCCCUUUGUUCCAACCACUGCCAUUCCAGCAGGGAAGCCCCCUGAAGGGAAACGAACUCUCCCUGACCAAUGUCCAUGUUCCAUUGGAAUCUAUCAAACCAAGCAGUGCUCUUCCAGUGACAGCCUACGACAAAAAUGGCUUCCGCAUCCUCUUUCAUUUUGCCAAGGAGUGCCCACCUGGGCGGCCCGAUGUGCUGGUGGUCGUGGUGUCCAUGCUGAACACAGCUCCACUACCCGUCAAGAGCAUUGUGCUGCAAGCAGCAGUGCCCAAGUCCAUGAAGGUGAAGCUGCAGCCUCCCUCAGGGAUAGAACUAUCUCCAUUCAACCCUAUCCAGCCACCUGCAGCCAUAACCCAGGUUAUGUUGCUGGCCAACCCACUCAAGGAGAAGGUAAGGCUGCGUUACAAGCUGACCUUUGCCCUGGGGGAUCAGCUCAGCACAGAGGUGGGUGAAGUGGACCAGUUUCCCCCAGUGGAUCAGUGGGGAAACCUAUGACCUAUCAGGACAGCUGUGAUCUCUGCCAAGAGGACAAGGGAUGCUGCCAGCUACAUCAGAAAGGAAGAGGACCACAUACGCACCCCAGUGCAGUCCUGCUUUGUUUCUGUGGCCUGACAACGGGGCUUAUGGUUUUUCUUUGGAACAUGGAAACAUGGGCAGUGCUAAACUGGCCACACCUUCUUGGUCUUGAAGGGAACCCUCCCCCAUCCACACACUUUUUUCCCCCCUUCUGCUUGGACAAGGCCGAGCCAACUGUCAAGGUGGAUGGUUCCCUGUUCUCCUAAGCAAUAUCUAGCCUGGAUCAGUUUCUUCAUUACAGUAAUGAGGGGAAUUCUGCCUGUAGAAAGAUUUUCCCACAUCUCCUAUCCCUAAUUAACACCUGGUUUGUUAACCACCACCAAAGUACCCUUGGCACAGGGGGUAUUUGGGCCAAAAUCCCACAACCACUUCCUCUCAGUAUUAUAGGCUGAAAUCUGAUGGGAAAUGUAACAGGGGUGAUGAACUGUUCUUUCCUCAUAUAUUUCAGGUGUCUGCUGACUAUGUGCUACAAUUACAACAGAACUAACUAGAUAGAAUGUGGAAAGAUAAGGCAACCAGUGUUCCCCUAGUGCAGGGGGUAGGGGAACAUGUGCUAGUUCAAAGCUUGGGCCAGUGAACUCUGGUAUAGAAAUGAUACCUCUUCUCUCUGCUUAGUGCAGAAUAAAGAACUGCCUCCCUAUCCUGCCACUCAGGCUUUUGAAGAAUGCUUCUACACUUUGUAGCACACUUGGAUGUAUAGAAUUAGUAAUAACAAGCAAAUUGCACUAGAUUUUGUCCAUGUCCAAAACUACGAGUGGCUGUCUGGCCUCUCAUCCCUUUUUGGAAUAUCUGUUGGCACUAUCAGCAAGACAGUGGGUCUGGAGGAAGAAGCAGAUGAAAGGAGAGGUUCCUAAGAGCCAAGUUCACCUACCAGCCAACUGGCCCUUGCUGUAAGAACAGGGCUUUACAGCUACCUUUCUGCAAAGGUGGGAAGAAAGAGAACAGAUGGUACAUCUACCCCAAAGGGUAGCCAACUACAUCCCUUCUAUUCUUUCCCAGCCAUCAUUAAAGCUCAAUGUAGCUCCUAUAUGCCCAUUUAGAAGGCAGGUUUCUGUUCUUCAGAUAUGUAAGUGAAUCAAACUACAGCUAAGGAACCCAAGCUUUCCUGAUGGCUGUGGUGCCCUAGCCAGGAAAGAUAGUUUAACUGAGUGGCAAUGUAGAAGCUUCAGGCACUGAACCUAAUGAAUGUAUCUUGUUUGUAUGUUGAGGUUGCAGCUGAACUACAUACAUUGUCUCUAAAUGCACUGGUUUUGCUGCAUGUCAAAUAAACAUUUUCUGUAGGGUUUGACUCUACCUGGAA